AUGGAACUGCGCAAAAUGAGUACGGCCAAGCAGCAGCAGCUACAGCAGCGCGAAGAUCGUCGAUACUCGAUGCCACACGGAAUGCACGGCACACUACCACCCGGGGCAACGGAUGAUCUGCACGCAUGGUCCAUUUAUCGCCAAAACCUCAACUCGGACUUUGCAGAUUCGGCACUCGGCUCGUCGGACAAAUCACCGAAACCGUACAAUUCUCAGUACCACCAACGAGACACAGCCAUUCUCAACCAUCCGCGCUACGGUCCCAAACAGAACCCGAUCAACUCCAACAUGUACACCUACCUCAAGUUCGGCCUGCCGCGUGUAUUCCCCCCGAACGGUGGCCAACCGAUGGCAAAUGGGCGGCCGGGUCGUGCCUCCUCCAAGGCAAACGGUCGUGGCCGUGUGAACCGUGGAUACCGGGACAGUACCGGACCGGGUCCGGGCUCUUCCGGCUACGACAGUAGCGACAACGAAACAAACCGUGGUCGUGUGCCAGCUAAUCUAAGAAAAUAUCGCAGCGAGUCCGAUUUCCGAGCCAUCGGUGCCACAAACACUUCGCGCCCGAGUUCCCGUGCCCAAGGCAUACCACUAGCCGCCCUGAAACAAGCCAACAGUCGAGCCAGCAUAGCCGGAACGCACGUGUACAACCCGUACGCGACAAACCUGCGGCAUCACAACCUGCGCUCGCAGAGUGAAGCUGAUCUGUUGGCCGAAUGGGACUACGACGAUUCGCCGACGUACGGCGAAACCCGGCUCUACCCAGAGGAUGCCCUCUACGCCACACAGAGCCGCCGACACUCGCUGGCAGGGCUAGUAUAUCCCAACAUACAGGUGCACUGUCUGGACGUGUUGCCCGGGCUGCGCGGUGUGUCGCUCCAGGCGAAGGCAGGCGAUCUGUUUGCCAUCAUGGCGACGGCACAGCGCGAAGGAACGGCGCUGGUAGAAGCGCUGGCAGGCGUGCGGCAACGUAUGGGCGGUGAGAUCCUGGUGAACGGUCAGCAGGUGAACAAGCGCAUCCUGCGCCAGCUGUGCGGGUACGUACCUGCGCUAGAUGCCGCACCGCUAGAUCCACGCAUGAGCGUCCAGAGCACACUCUCGUUUGCGGCCGCACUGCGCGGUCCAUACGAUCGGGCGGAUCUGAAGGAACGCAUCGACAUUCUGGUGGAGGAUCUCGGCUUAACGGCGGUCCGCUCCGCCAACGUGUCCCGCUUGACGCACUCGGAAAAGCAAAGACUGAACGUUGCCUGCCAGCUGUUGACGCAGGCAUCCAUCCUGCUGCUCGAUCAGACCACCAUCAACAUGGACAUCUUCGACACGUUCUUCCUCGUGGAGUAUCUGCGCCAGUGGUGCAGUGCCGGCCGAAUCGUUAUCAUGACACUGCAACCACCGACGUUCGAGAUCUUGUCGAUGUGUUCCGGCGUGCUGCUGCUAUCCGGCGGGCGUACCGUUUACUCGGGCAGCAGAGCCGAUUUGCCACGACAUAUGGGGCAGCUCGGUUAUCCGUGCCCACCGUUCAAGAAUCCCGCCGACUACUAUCUCGACCUGGUCACGCUGGACGAUCUGUCCGCGGCAGCACUGUUGGAGUCAUCGGCGCGCAUUGAGUCACUGGCCAACUCGUGGGAUCACGUAAAUGCUGAACCACCGCUUGCGGCACCCGUGGCCAAUCUACCAGAACCAACCCGCAGUGCCGGAUUCUUCAGUCAAAUUAACGCACUUGCCAAGAGGUAUAUGACGUACAAACAGCCGGGAUCGUUACUCACUUGGAUCAGUCGGUUGAUACUGGCCGCGGUGCUCUCACUCUUUAUCGGUUGCAUUUUCUGGGAUGUGCCGGCUUCCGACCCACAGCUGAAUCUGAACGAUCGCCUUGGCUAUCACCAUUGCAUGAUGAUGGUGGCCCUGUGGCCAUUGCUACUUCUUCAGAUACGGGACGUACAGGAGGAUCGUCGACAUGCAGAGAAAGACCUUAAACUAGACCUGUACGGCCGCUUCCUGUACAUCAUCAUUCAGAGCAUACUGAGCGUAAUGCCUAGCCUCUGCAUAUGGUUGGCGUAUUUGCUUCCCGCACACAGCAUGGCCGGACUAUACUCGUACACAACCAACAACGACACUGGCAUCUAUCUGUAUAUGGGUUACAUGCUGCUCUACCUAAUGGCCAUACAAACGAUAGUGCUCUUCAUUUCCCACCUGAUCCCGUGCGGUGUAACGGCAUCGAUAGUCACCACGCUCGUCCUGUUGCUGAUGGCAGCUGUCGGAGGUUUUGCCGUACAUGUGGCAAACAUACCCGACUACCUGCAGUGGAUGGAGUUAGUGACACCACAGAAAUGGCUUACACCACUGUUGACCGAAAACGAGUACAGCGCGGAAACUUUGAUGAGCAUCACCAGCCAGCAGCAGUGCCGAAACAAACAGGUUCAAUACACCGAAAUCAUCGUGCAGCAACCGUGUCCACCACCGAACGGUACCUUCGUACUUGCCGACCAUCAACUGCUGCCCCGAGAUCACGUGCUGGAUGCGAGUGACAUGUACACCUCCACCGUUUUGGGUCUGCUGCUUACCUGUAUCGUGUUCUUCGCUCUCACCAUGUUCGUCUUCCUACUCAACUGCCAGUCGCUACUGCGAAAGAAGAACAAGGGCCGCUCCGGGAAGCACACGUAG